AUGAGCACUCAUGCUGCCAUAGUUACCGUCGGUCCUGGUCUCCCUUUGGAAGUUCAUCAGGUUGAAACACCCAAACCAGUUGGAAAUCAAGUACGGCUAAGAAAUGAAUGGACGGCUUCGACUCCAUUAGACCUCCAUCAGGCUGAUGGUGGAUUUUUUGUGACUAGCCCGCAGGUCCUCGGCGAUGGUCAUGUAGGAAAGGUGGUGGAGGUUGGACCAGAAGUAUCCCGUUUGAAGAUUGGGGAUAUUGUGUUCGGGUUUGGAUGGCGGAAUCAAGCAGAGAAGGCCCAUCAAGAAUUCGUCGUGACGAACGAAAACCUCCUGGCAAAGAUGCCAGUUGGUUUCAGCCCGCAAGAGGCGGUCACUUUGCCCAACAACUUUGUGACAGCCUGGCACACCUUGACUAGAGAACUAGACCUUGAGCUGCCGUGGCCUAAACCUCCGAACUUCCAAGCCAAAGCGAAUGGCAACUGGAUUUUGAUUUGGGGUGGUAGCUCUAGCGUCGGCCAAUAUCUCUUGCAGAUCCUCAAGUAUUACGGUUACCAAGAUGUUGUUGCUACUGCUAGCAAGGCACACCAUGAGCGAUUGAGCAAAUAUGGCGCAAGACAUUGCUUCGACUACCGAAAUGAGCAUGUUAUUGAUGAAAUUGAACGUUUCAUCCAUUCACAAGCGGGCGGUGCGGGACAGAUCUCCUUGGUUGUUGAUUGCAUUGGCAGCCAAAAAGCGAGUGUAAUGCCUGUAUCGAAACUUGCAAAAGCUGGAUCCAAAGUGGCCAUCAUGUUACCCGUCAUCAUCAAAGAUGCAGCUCCUGGUGUCAAACCGGAAUAUACCAUGGAUGUCAAUGAGGGAGUGUCGUGGGCAGAUGGUGUUCAACGGUCGGGUGUAAGGACCCACUUUUAUCUGGAGAACCAGCAUCUUGCCGAUAAGUUACAGUCAGAGAUCAUGCCGACGCUCUUAGAGCAACGCGUGAUUGAACCGAACGAUCAAGUGAUUGUGGAAGGAGACACAUUUCUCGAGAGGGCGGAAAAUGCGUUAUCCAAGUUACGCAAUAAGGAAGUCAGUGGAGCCAGAUUGGUAUGGCGUGUAGCAGAUGCGUAG